AUGCUCAAAAAUACAACACUAUUGUCCGAUGGAGGUCUCGGCACUACCCUAGAAGAUCAUUUCCAUCUCCCGAUCUCGCACACCCCUUUGUGGUCAGCGCGGAUCAUCCUUGAUGCACCAGAUACCCUCCAACAAGCUCAUCUUGCGUUCCUCGAGGCUGGAUCAAGGGUCCUCCUCACAGCAACCUACCAGGCUGCAUUCGAAUCAUUCGAGCGCGCAGGGUACUCUCACGAAAUAGCCACCGAGUCUAUGCGCAAUGCUAUUCACAUAGCAGACAAAGCCAGACAUCAAUUUUGUAACGAACACCUUGAUAUCAGCCCAAAGGAUAUACAUAUCGCCCUCUCCCUUGGUCCCUUUGGAGCUGUACUUGCCCCUAUGCAAGAUUUUGGUGGGAUUUAUCCUCUUCCAUACGGACCACGAGCGUACAGCGACUCAGAGGAAAAUACCACCUCCUUCGGAGAUGAUAUUGAAGGCAAGAGCAACUCCAUAAAGGCGUUGACACGUUUUCACGAGAAUCGGCUUCGGGUAUUCACAUCUGAUAAGGAGACGUGGGACAAGAUCGAUUUCAUUGCGUUCGAGACGGUGCCGCUGGUGAGAGAGGUGGAGGCGAUCAGGCAAGCAAUGACGAAUAUGAAGGAGAUCAUCACUCCUAAACCUUGGUGGAUCACUGCGACGUUUCCCAACGGCAAGUAUCCAGAAACCCGGCAACCCGGGGGAGAUCACUAUACCCCUAGCGAAGCCGCCAUCGCUAUGAUACACAGCAGCGACAAUAUGCUAGUACCAAACGGUAUCGGUAUCAAUUGCACGGCGCUCAAGUAUGUUCCGCAGUUACUCCAAGACUUUGAACGGGUGUUGGAUGGGAAUAGGAAACUGUUCCUAGUUUUGCAACCGAACGGAGGGGGCGGAUUUGAUUUGUCUACUCAAGCAUUCCAAGAGCCCGAGGAGAGUGAUCGAUGGGCGGAGGAUCUGGCCAGCCUUGUCAAAGAGGCCAAGACGAGGGGCUGGAACGAGAUCAUCUUCGGCGGUUGCUGUAAAACUGGACCAGAUGACAUCAAGGCUCUAGGGGAGGCAUUCAAUGAGGAGUAG